UGCAGCAGCAAUCGGUGGCACGCUGUCUGUGCCCAAUCACAGCUGAUCACAUCUGUCACGCCUAUCAGUGCCCGUCAGUGCUGCCUAUCAGUGCCGCCUAACAGUGCCAGUCAGCGCCACCUAACAGUGCCAGUUAGUGCCUCCUAUCAGUGCCGCCUAUCAGUGCCACCUAUCAGUGCCAUAUAUGAGUGCUGCCUUUCAAUGCCCAUCAGUGAUGCCUGUCAAUGCCCAUCAGUGCCACCUACCAGUGCA